CUGGUGGUCCGUGAAUGCAGCACCCCUGGUAGUUUCUGCAGCAGCGGUCCAGUCAGCGCGGUCUGAAAACAGAAUAUUACAGGGAAAAUGCCCGUGGAUCUGAGCCAGUGGUCCGGGUCUCUCGCCUUGCAGGAGGUGGAGGAAAAGCCAGCGAAGCCUUUGAUUGUUAAAUAUGGCUCUCUGGAGAUCGACGAGCUCGGCAAAGUUCUCACUCCAACGCAGGUGCAGAGUCGACCCACCUCUAUUGAGUGGGAAGGAUGUGACCCCAGUAAACUGUAUACUUUGGCCCUAACUGAUCCAGAUGCUCCCAGCAGGAAAACCCCCAAAUUUAGAGAGUGGCACCACUUUCUGGUGGUCAACAUGAAGGGGAAUGAUGUGUCCUCUGGCUGUGUCAUGUCUGACUAUGUGGGCUCUGGUCCUCCCAAGGGCACAGGUCUGCACAGGUAUGUGUGGCUGGUGUAUGAGCAGCCGGGCAGCCUGUCGUGCUCCGAGGCCGUCCUUACCAAUCGUUCUGGAGACGGCCGCGGCAAAUUCAAGCUGCAAACUUUUAGAAAGAAGUACAAGCUGGGAGCCCCGGUGGCGGGUACCUGCUACCAGGCAGAGUGGGACAGUUAUGUGCCUAAACUUUACGAGCAGCUGGCUGGAAAAUAAAUAAGCAAGCAAAGACGCCAAGCAAGUGUGUUUAGUAGUAGAAAAAUCCCAUGGUGUUCCUCCACUGGAAAUGCUCUAUUCAUUUAAGAGAGAAAGCACAGUUUUGUGCCACAGUAACAUGUUUUUUUUAUUUGUCGCUGUUACAAGAAUGACUACUUCUCAAAAUGAAAUGACCUGUUCUCACCUGCAAUAAACCGUUGAAUCAGCA